GACCUGAGCUCAGCUUUCCCUUCAGCAUCCGAGCUUCGGACUUCGCCUGCUCACGCUGGGCCAGAAAGCCAGCGCUGAUGGAAAGCGUCUCCCACGCGGUGUCCCUGGCAGCCAAUGCCGCCUCUCUGGCCUUGGAAGGCUCCAAGGAUGCGGUGGCGCCCCUGUGGUCCCAGCUGGAGUUAAUCACCGCCGCGGCCCUCCAGGUGGUCGAAGCCUUCCGUUUGCUGAUCGUGGAGGCCCUGGGCCAGCUGAUUCGCUUUGUCCUGGCACAUCCCAACUUGACCUUCGGCGCAAUCGCCGUGCCUGUGGUGUCCUUGGCUUUGAACGUGGGCCGAUGGCUCAUCAACCUCAGCUGGGAGCGGGGGCUCCGCGACAGCCGCUCCGGGCGCCUGCAGAGCGCUGGGCGCAAACAUCGGCUGCAGGAAAUGGAGGCGUACAUGAGCUUCUCCUCCGGGGAGUCCGACAUGGAGAUGGAGGCCGAGGUUGAAGAACAGAACCCGGGCCUAGACUCCCCGUCGCUCUGCGUGCAGCAGAAGCAGCGCGUGGCCUCGCUGGCCAGCUUCAUGAUGGGCGGCCCGGGGUCCUCGGCGCUGCCGGUGGAGUGCAUGGAAUUUCUGGAGGCCAAAGUGGAGGACCUGGACUUUGGGCCCAACGAGUCGGUCUUCGCGCAGGGGGACCGGCGCACCUCCUUCUUUGUGGUGAAGGAGGGCGAGGUGGUGGUAGAGCUGGGCAGCCGUUCUUCGGAUGUGUACAGGAUCGGGCCCGGGAACGCCAUCGUGGGGCUGCUGUACAUGUUGGCGAGUCUUCCGGCGCAGCACCUGCCGCCGGGCUCGAGCUCAGAGCCCAGCUUGGACUGUACGCGCCACAGCAGCUCCUCCCGCGCGGGAAGCAGCGGCGCGAAGGUGGCAGCGCUGCCACUGGAGUCCUUUAGCGAAGCCUUCGAGAGGUUUCCCAAGGCCAUGCAGUGGCUAGUGCAGCGCCUCUCUGUGCGCUUCUCCACUGUGGUCUUUGAUACGCUGUCCACCUACUUCGGCCUGAGGAUGGAGUUUAUGACGCCCUCGACGUUCAAGGCUCUUGAGGCCUUAGAGCUCCGGGAGUGUGCGCCAGAGGAGGCCUUCCGGCAGCUGUUUAAGGGCUGUGGCGAGAAGGCGGCGAAGGAGCUGACGCACGCGGAGACCCUCACCUGCGAAGCAGGGGACCUGGUCUUCGCCCCGCAGACCCGCGCCAAGCAUCUGAUGAUCCUCUUGGAAGGCGAGGUGACGGUGGAGGUGCAGGCCGGCGGGCCGCGCCCGCCGGUGUCGCUGGGCGACGCCCUAGGCGAGCUGUCAAUUUUAACCGACAAGCCAUCGCCCGUCCACUACCGCUGCGUCUCGCGCUGCAAGUUUGCCGCGCUGUCCCGCGAGGUUUGCAUGCGGCUGCUGGAGCAGUGCCCUCGCGCGUUCACCCUGACCUUGCUGCACCUCAUCGUAGGCCGAACGGCCAGCUGGCUGCAUCGGGUGGACGCGUGUUUGGAUUGGCUCUCGGUGGAGGGGGGCUCGUGCCUCUUCCGCGCGGGGGACGAGAUGUGCGGCUUCUUCAUGGUAUUGUCCGGUCGCCUCGUGGCGCUGGAUGUGCCAGAGAAAGGCGCCAAGCGCGGGACAGGCUUGAAAGUCACCGACAUCUUGCAGCGCGGCCGCCUCUGCGGCGAGCUUGAUUGCCUGCGGCGGUGCCCGUACAGCGCCACGCUGCUAGCCUCUCGAGACACCGAGCUGUGCCGGGUGUCUCCCACGCUGCUGCAGCUGAUCGCUAUGGACUUCCCGCAGGCGAUCUUGCACUUCAGCGCGUACAUUGGCAGCCGGCCCUCCCAAGUGGAGGACAUCUCGAGCGCCAAGUACAAGACGACCAUCACCGUGGUGCCGGCCACCGAAAAUGUGGACAUCACCCGGGUCUGCUCAGAGCUCACCACGGCUCUGAGCAAGCUGGGCACGACGAUGCACAUCUCCCCCUCCACCCACCUCUUCUUCUCACCGCUGCUGAAGGGCUCUGCAAAGACCUUGGACGAGUUCCGUCUGGCGCGCUUGCUCGCGGAGAUGGAGGAGCGCCGCAGGUGGCUGGUGUACGAGGCGGAGCCGGCCUGCGGGGGCAAAGUCACCGACUGGACGAAGCGCUGCGUGCGGCAGGCGGACCACAUCUUGGUGGCCGCCGAGUUCAACGGCCAGGGCCGGGGGGACGUGCCGCAGACGUUGAACGAGCAGUACGUGCACACCACUGCUCCGCUCUACGUCACGAGGGAGCUGCUGCUUUUGCACAAUGGGACCAUCAAGGGCAAAGCAUCCGGGUUGGCGAGCAUGGACGAUUGGUUUGUGGGCUCCGCGGCGCACGCGGACACCCUGAAGCCCGGGGUCUCCGGAUUCGUGCGGCACCAUCUGUUCGGCGCGGGCUUCGGCAAGUGCCAGCGCUCCACCCGGCACUACCUGAACUGCCGGCCCUGGGCCAGGCGGUGGCACCAUGUGCGGGGUGAAGACCUCCGAGACUGGGCGAGGGUGGCGCGGCUUCUGGCGGGCAAGGCAGUGGGGGUGUGCUUCGGCGGCGGCGGCGCGCGGGGCAACGUCCACUUCGGAGUGAUCCAGGCCAUGCAAGAGCUGGACAUCCCCAUCGACGUGGUCUCCGGAACCUCCUUCGGCGCACUCGCUGCCGCCAUGUAUGCCAUCAGUGCUCCAGAGCCCACCUCCCUGAGGAGCGUGGUGAAACGGGUGAUGACGACCCAGUUCUCCACCCGAAAGCUGCUUUGGGACCUCACCUUCCCCCGCACGGCCAACUUCACCGGGGCCUUCCUGAACUCCAUGCUGAAGGACAUCUUCGCACGGCGCCGCUGCGAAGAUUUGCUAAUACCAUUCUCCUGCACCAGCACGGACAUAGUUCAGUUCAAGGAGAAGGUGCACCGGGACGGUCCCAUCUGGCGCGUGGUGAGGGCGUCCAUGAGCCUCGUGGGCAUUGCGCCCCCUCUGCCGCACCAGGAGCGGCGGGAGAACGGGAAGGUCACCACAACGCUGCUGGUGGACGGGGGGUACUCGAACCAGUACCCCAUCGAGGUCCUUAGAGAGAACGGCGCUGGAAUCGUGAUUUGUGUUGAGUGCUGCCCGGACUAUUCGCCAGUUUGCACAGACUACGGGGACGCAGUCUGGGGCGGCCUGGUGAUGCUGAAGCGACGGCUCUGCUGCCGAAGGAGCUCGCACUCCGGGAUCGACCCCCCCACGCAGGCAGAGAUCCAGGAACGGCUCAUGUACCUGGUGGAAGCCCUGAAGGACCCCCAUCGGGAUCGAGCGAACCUGGUGAUCUCCCCCGACGUGUCGCCCUAUGGCCUACUGGAUAUGCCCAAGUACCAGGAGAUCAUCGAGCUGGGCUACAAGACCGCGAUGCCGGAGCUCAAGAAGCUUUUGUCAGACUCUGACGAGGAGGUGAAACAGAUCCUCACGUCGGCGCGGUCCGAGGAGAAGGCCUCGAAGUCUCUGAACGAGGUGGAGUAUGGGGACCGGCUCAUCUACGCCACUUGGCGUCGCGCCCAGAAGCUGCUGAAGCGGCAGUCACGGAAGAUGUCCACCAGUUGGCCGGAGAUGAGCACCGCAGAUGAAGCAGACAACGAAGACUGAAGCA